ACUGUUCAGCACACACACAAUCGCACAGCAAAGCCUCUCAUCAGUGACCAGUCUUCACUGAUCAGUGACACCUUGUGACAGACUUGUUGGCACCAUGGUCGUCGGCAGAGUCACAGACGAGUGCCCGGUGGCCGUGUCGGUCGAGCUGCUGUGGAAGGUGGUCUUCACCGGCGACGUGUCCAUCUUCACCAAGGCCUGCGUCGGCCUAGUCGACGCCGUGGAGGUUGACGGCGACGGCGGGCCCGGGAGCGUCACCACCAUGAAGCUCAACCCAGCUGUGGGUGACGCGAAGGUGUUCAAGACCCGGCUCCUGGCGCGCGACGCGGCGGCGCGUGUAGUGAAGUCGGAGCUGGUGGUGGAGGGCGGUGAGCUGGCCGGGCAGAUGAAGUCGCAGGUGUCCGAGGUGAAGGUGGUGCCGGCCGGCGAGGGCGCCUGUGUGGUGCACAUGACGGUGGAGUAUGAGCGGGUCGACGGCGCGCCGCUGCCGCCGGCGGACGAGGCCAAGAUCGUGCAGGGCUACCUCAGCCUCAUCAAGAAGGUGGAGGAGUACCUUGUCGCUCACCCCGGCGAGUUCGCCUGAGCUGCCUCGAGGAUCGUCGUGGCGAUCGAGCUGGAGAAAUCCGUGGGUGUGUUCUUGAUUUGGAAAUUCGAAUAACUAGAGGAAGUGAUCCUCUGCUUGGUCGGUUGAUUGUGCUUGUGGGGGGAACAACAGUUUCAGUUUUUGUGAAAACAGUUUAUGUUCUAUGUUCUUUUUCGGCAGCGUGUCACCUGCAAGUCAAUACCAGUGUCUUCCUCCA